AUUCGCCCUCGUCCUAUUUUCUUUUCCCUCGCACUUUCUUCAUUUGCCUUCAAAAUUUUCUCCAUCUGAAACCGAAAACCCUACAUACCUCAACUAAAACUUAGUUCAAAACUAACAUCCUCAAUUCCUUUGGGUUAUUACAUGAGAUGAACGAGUCGGAGGAGGAAUAUUGGCGCAAGCAUGUUUCUGCGACCGGACUAACGGUCCUUUUUGAAUCUAAUAACCCGACUCUUGACAUCGUGUUUAUACAUGGAUUUACCGGCCAUCCUGAACGCACAUGGACUUCAAAGAAAGGUGGUGCAAGACAUCAUAACGACUGUGCAGGCGGUGAACUUGCCGAGCGCCCCCAUAAAUUUCGAAAGCUUAAUCCUUUCUCAAGCUCCCAUGAUGACAGUAGAGCUCCUACCUACUGGCCGCGAGAUUUAGUUCCAACAACAAUCCCCAAUACACGUAUCUUGACAUAUGGGUACGAUACACACAUCAGACAUGUGAUAGGAUCUCCUGUAAACAGAAAUACGGUCUACGAUUUCGCUUGGGAUCUCUUGGUUGCCCUUGAGUCCAAACGUCGAUCAGAGCCAUCGAGGCCAAUGUUGUUUGUGGUGCAUAGUCUGGGGGGGAUUCUCGUCAAGGAGCUUCUUCGGCGGUCGAGAGGUUGUCAUAUGGGCCAUGCUCACCUUUAUACGGUAUUUGAGUCCACAAUUGGGAUCAUGUUUUUUGGCACCCCACACGCCGGAGCUGACCCUCGCGGGUUUCUCAAGAGCAUUGCCGAGAAAGUAAUCAAAGCCGCCGGGUUUUCUGUCAACGAGCAAAUCGUAAACUCUCUAUUGCCAUCUUCGGAACGUCUUAGAGAACUGAGGGACGAAUUUGGGCCGAUGGCUCAAGAGCAGAAUUGGAUCAUACACUCCUUCCAGGAACAGUUUGGCAUCAAUCUUCUCAGCGGCCAGAAGGUUGUAGAUGAUAUGUCAUCUUACCUUAAUAUUCCUGGCGUUGAGAUAACUGAACAUAUUGGGCGGGACCACAGGGAAAUGUGUCGCUUCACGGGAUUCGAUGAUAUUGAGUACCAGAAGGUCGCCGACGCUCUCUGCAGGAUGACAGCUAUAGUAUCUAACAAGCCCACAAGAGUUACGGGGUGGUCGUUGAAUGAAGAGCAGAAACGGAUACUGCUAGACUCAUUGAGAUUCGACCAAAUCGAUGCUCGCCAAAUGACUAUCAAGAAUGCAUACGCCAAGACGUGCAGAUGGCUACUAAAAAAUACAGAAUAUCUCGAUUGGCUUGAUCGUGAUAAAUUCGGCAUACAUCAUGGCUUUUUAUGGAUUAAAGGGAAACCCGGGGCCGGAAAGUCAACACUGAUGAAGUUCAUCUUUGCCAAUGCCCGAAAGAAGAUGAAAGGCAAUAUUAUUAUCUCUUUUUUCUUCAAUGCCCGAGGUGACAAUUUAGAGAAGUCUACAACUGGAAUGUAUCGAGCAUUACUAUUACAGCUUCUUGAACAACUUCCAGGACUUCAACGCGUCUUUGAUUCCUUAGGAUUAGCAACAUGGAACGGUGGACGCCAUCGAUGGAGUGUUGAGGCUCUAAAGGCACUCUUUGAACAAGCUAUGCAGAAUCUUGAAGAACAUUCCCUGGUAUGUUUUGUCGAUGCAUUGGAUGAGUGCGACGAGUAUCAAAUCCGAGAUAUGAUAUCCUUUUUCGAACACAUAAGCGAACUGACUACCAAAUUCCAAGUUUGUUUUUCGAGUAGGCAUUACCCUCAUAUCACGAUCAAGAAAGGACUCAGUCUGGUUCUCGAAGGGCAAGAGGGGCACAGCCAAGAUAUAGUAAGCUAUUUGGACAGCGAGUUGAGGAUUGGGCGCAGUAAGCUCGCUGAGCAGAUCCGCAUCGAUCUCAAAGAAAAGGCAGCAGGGGUCUUCAUGUGGGUUGUUCUAGUGGUUCAAAUCCUAAACAAGGAGAAUGACGAUGGUCAUACUCAUACGCUUCGACGAAGACUUCGAGAAAUCCCUGGGGACUUGCACGAGCUGUUCCGUGAUAUUCUAAUGCGCGAUCACCACAACAGAGGCGAACUACUUCUAUGCAUUCAGUGGGUACUUUUCGCAAGACGACCUUUAAAGCCGGAGCAGUUAUACUUUGCCAUCCUUUCCGGUGUCGAACCUGAAGCCUUAUCCGAUUGGAAUCCCGACGAGAUAACGGCAUCCGUUAUCAAGAGAUUUAUACUCAGUUCCUCUAAAGGACUAGCAGAAAUCACUAGGUCCAAGAUUCCGACGGUUCAAUUCAUUCAUGAAUCGGUGAAAGAUUUUCUUUUCAAAGAAAACGAAUUGAAGGAAAUUUGGUCUGAUCUCGGAAGUAAUUUCCAAGGAGAAAGCCACGAACGAUUAAAGCAGUGCUGUCUCAACUACAUCAGUAUUGACAUCUCUGCCUGUGUGGACGUCAACUCACUUCCGAAAGCAUCGUCCCAGGAAGCUGCGGCACUUCGCCGAUCGGUAGACAAAGCGUUCCCGUUUUUAGAUUACGCUGUACGAAAUGUUCUCUACCACUCGGAUACAGCAGAGGGAGGCGGAGUCAACCAGAUGCAAUUUCUACAGACUUUUCAGAUUCCUGAUUGGGUUAAACUUGACAACCUAUUUGAACGACACGAAGUACGCCGUCAUACUCCAACGGCAAGUCUUUUAUAUAUAUUGGCAGAGAACAAUUUGGGGAAUCUCAUUAAAACCCGACCAUCCAACCUAGCCUACUUCGAAGUUGAGGAUGAACGUUACGGCAUGCCACUUCUCGCAGCGCUGGCUACCGACAGCCAUGAAGCAGUCCGGGCAUUCUUGCAAACUCUGGAAAAAAUCAUACCUCCAUCGUCUCCAUUUCACAACUUAUGUGAAAAUUUGUACCAGGACGGAAGUAAACAUUCCAGCCUUGGACGCGACUUCACUUACCCACGAAAAACGCACCCUGCCUUCUAUUUCAUGGAGAAAUUUAAUGAGCCAAUCGUCUUUAAUUUCCUCAGUCUAACCGAUUUCGACGUCGGCGUGAAGAAUAAUUCUAGAGAGACACUACUGUGUUUAGCAGCUGCUAAAGGAUUCGAAGAAGUAGUCAAGCUGCUAGUUGAAAAGGGCGCUUACAUUGCGUCUGGAGGUUACUAUACGCCGUUACGCGAGGCUACUAAGAAUGGACAUGAGGCAGUUGUUAGGUUCCUAGUUGAAAAGGGCUGAUAUCGAGUCUGGAGAUGACUAUACGCCGUUAUGCAAGGCUGCUGGGAAUGGUCAUGAGGCAAUUGUUAAGUUCCUAGUUCAAAAUGGUGCUGACAUUGAGUCUGGAAGUAUUUCUACACCGUUA